AACAGCCUGUAGCUCAGUGGCAGAGCACAUGUAGAAGGUCUCGCUGUUGGUCUCUGGCUUUCCCUGGUACAAAGGAACAGAGAGGCUCUACAAAGCUGUUGCCAGGAAGGGCCGGCUGGGCAGACCUCUUGUGCAUAGCAGCUCCCCGUCAAUCUAGGAGUUGUGGGUGGAAGAGAAGAAGCAGCUGCCUGAUCAGGUUAGUCUAUAGAUGGGGUGGGGGUGGGGAGGCCAACUGUGGACCAGAUGGGGCCUCUCUUCCUUGAACACACACAAACACACAAUCUAAGUUUUCACAAGUUUUCCCCCCCCCCCUGCCAUGCAGGUGCUGCAGUUGGAAAGCAAAGGGUUAAUAUGCCACACUGGCUAUUUUGAAGAUGUAUGAAGCCAAAUUACUGUGCAGGUAGGGGACAUUUUUGAGGGGGGUUGACCAAUGCUAACCUUCAGCUACCAUGGGGCUAGCCAUGGGGAAUGUGGCUCAGGCUAAGAAAUGUCCCCUCUUCUGCUUUAGAUUGUGGGCUACUUGGAAAACAAGGCAGGCUGCUCCUCACAAGAUAUCUGUGUGGCUGAACCAGAUAAGUUCAGUGGUUUAAGGUUUGCGAAGAUUCAGCUACACAAUGUAUCUACCGUAAUUAGAAUAUACAGGCAAGGCAGCCCUCCCUCCCAAUCUACUCCCCAAUGUCUCGGAGACUGAUGAAGUGUUAUUCGCAGAAAUAGUGUAAUCUAUUUUGGCUGCCUAACAGGUGGGCCUUCUUUUCUGGAUGGUUUGAGGAGUGGGGCUUCUCUGGGAGUGCACAGCUGGGGAGGGUGGGCAUGGUGCCACUCCUGAAGGGCAGGACCUGGCCAUUUCAGAGGAGGUGGGCAGCUCUUACUGAGCUUGACUAUCUGAGGUAGGUUCUGUUUCUCAACUGGGUACAGAGACUGAAUCCUUGUGUACUGUUCAUGUUCACUUUUGCCCUCUCCACUUGGCAGUUUGCUAUGUGCUCUGGCAAGUUUUACUCACCCAUUGCUGGGAAACUCCCAGGGCUGGAUGAUUCAGAGUCCCUGCCUCACUCAUGAGUAGAGGCAACAGAGCUAAAUGGCAGAGGCUUCCAGAACACUGAGAACACAUGGCUUGACUUCCUCUUUGUUGAUUUCUCAUGUUCUUAACCUUGGAUGAACCCCAAAAUACUGAGGGGUCGUCAUUCCCCUACAUUUAACUUUCUGUACAUUAAGCCAAAAAACCCCGCAUCCUACAAGGGCUUUCUGCUUUUGGUUUGGUUUUUUUUUUUUGCAGGAUUACAAUGGGCUUCUUUACAUGGUGGACAUGUGGCAUGAAUGGAGGGAGCACUUGACUCCCUCCUUGGCAAGUUUGCAAAGGACGGGAGGAGAGUCUUGUUUGUGUUGCUCAACUUGUGCCAGUUUUUUUCCUCGCAGUGCCCUGGAAAUCUACAACACUCCAUUCUGUGCCCCAAAUGUAGGUGAGCAAGUUAGAAGUUCUGUCCAAGCCAUUGCAUUCCCUCAGAUAUUGAAGGAAGCAAAAGCAGCUGACCAGGCAGGUGGGCAACAGCAUUUGCUACGAGAAAGCAAAGCUGCUUGCUUGCUCGCUCUCAUGGAUACACUGACUCCAGGGCUUGUUCCAGGGUGGGCAAGUUGUCAGAGCUGCUAUAAAGCCCCUACACCUGCAAUCAAGAAAUAUGCUCAAGCAUUUACAUAGCUGUCCUUUCUCAGCAAGUUCAUAGCGCAUUAUAGUGUAACACCAGCAGUACGCACUGCCAAGAUGGUGCCAUUAACUUCCAAUGCUUUUGAAAGGUGGGGAGAAGUGUGGAAGAGGUCCUGGAGGUUGAUGACAAUGUAUAAUGGACCCACAAACUUCUGUGGGUGGCCAAUCACGAGCAUGACCCCCUUGAGUGUGGUCUUCAGUCUGAAAGAAGCACAAGUGGCCAUGUAUGGAGGGUAUGCCUUCUUCAUGCUUGGCUCAGCCAGGGCACUUGAAAGAUCUCCCUCUCUUAAUUGGGUUGGGUAACUGGGCUGUGCAUGACUGCGAACACUGCAUACAUCAGCAGUUGUGGAAAACCCCAAGCUGCUUCUGAGAAGAUAGCUUUACCACAGGAAGCUUGCUUUGUGCAAAGCUGGAAGGUGAUGAAUGACGCAUCCUUGCAGCCCUUUAAACACUGGCAUUCAGUGUCAGAAAAGUAUUUCGUGCUGACUUGCUCCCUUUUCAUCAGCAUCCUUACCACUGAGGAUCCUCUGGGUAGGUCAGCUGGGGUGCCUCUCCCUCCCCCCCCCCGCCUCAGCUGCACAACAGAGGGGGAUGAGAAGGGCAACCCAUGCAGGAAGUUCUCUGACAUAGGGAUGCUUUGCAGUAGCAUUUCAGUUCUGUUGACUUUCAUGCCCUCCCAAUUUGAGGAUGGAUAAUAACACAAACUCAUAGUUCCAAAACAAAAAGAAACAACUCAACUGGGAGACCAUUCUUGGAUUUCUAAGGAAAGCACAGCAAUUCCAGAGAGGAGCUGACACAAAUCCAGUAUUGGUUAGGAUAACAACACUUUUGAUGGAAGCUCUGAUGCCAUAAUUAAGGCAUAGAAAGAGAACUAUUUUGGCUAUAGGCUGGAGAUCUGUGGCGAAUUUUGUGUGGCCAUGGGAGUGACUUUGGUUAUGGGUAAAAUAACUACGAAUGGCACAAAGAAUAUUACCACUUUCAGUUUCCUGCACUUUUAAAUACGAAACCUGGCUACUGGUGCUGUAGCCACCAUUUUACCUUCAGCUUGCAGAAUAAAUCCCUAGCAGAGUUUGUAUCGGAUACAAGACAGCAUAUAGUAGCAAAAUUGAGGGUAGCCAAUCAUGAUGUGAGCGAGUCCCCCAGGGCCAGCCUGUAUGCAGUGUUUUUUCUAAGGCCAUAGGCCCAGGAGCCACCGAACAAGGAGGGGAGAGGUGCUAGCUGAGGACUCGUUGCCCCUCCUGUCCUCGCCACAUCCUUCUGCCUGUACAGAACCUGACGUCAGGUCUGCAUGCUGCCUGCACCAGGGCUGAGAGCAGAGUCUAGUUAUGACUUGUCGGGUCCAUACUCUUCAGGAAGCGCAGUCACAGAGGUUGAGCAAGAGCCUGCUGGAUGCAAUGGUCAACUGAGGAGGACGAAGAUUCUGGGGUCCCACACUGGAAUACCCUGCCACAGAUGUGCCACCAAUAAUCUCUGCCACUUCCUGGACACAUCCAGAAGCAAGCCCAGUUCCCCUUUGUGUUGCAGGAAAGUGAGGGAGCAGCAAGAGGAAGAGGAUGUGGCACCCGGCACUGCUGCUGCUGCUUUUUCUUCAGCACUCCUCAGCUUGUGAGCAUCUUACCUGUUUUGCUGACUACAUCCAGAUGCUGAUGUGUGUGUGGAGAAACAUCUCUGGUGGGGCUCUGUACAAUCUCACAGCAAGUUGGAACUGUGGGAAUGGAGGCACCUGCUACUUCCUCCCUCGCUCCAGGAAUGCUACCCAGAUACAAUAUACCUGUUUUUCGGAGCAGAAGCUGUGCUUUAGCAACAACAAUUUUUAUGUGAAGGUAACAAAGUUUGUGGAUGCACCGCUCAACACUUUCAGUGGAUGUAGCAAGACCUUCAUGUUCCAAGAAAAUAUCAAGCCUCAUCCACCUUUCAACUUGACAGUGGCUGCAUCUCCCACUGGCUACAACAUUUCCUGGAAGACCAAAUACCAGCACCAUCCAUAUAACUACCUGAAUGACAAGCUGCAGUACCAGUUGUGCUAUAGGGAAAGGGGCCACCCCUGGCAGGGAUGGCGCCAGAAACACCUUUUGCAGGACACACGAGCCUUGUGGCUCUUGCCCCAGGAGUUGGAGGGGAACACAGAAUACGAGUUCCAGGUGCGAGCGAGGCCAGCAAAGCACUCAUCUUACCUGGGAACCUGGAGUGACUGGAGCCUGCCAGCCACACUAGUAACUCUGCCCAGAGCCCCAGAGAGCAGAGAAACCAGAUGGCUGGUGCUGCUCUUGCUACCGCUCAGCCUGUUUGCUGCCCUCAUGUCCUUCCUGGGCUGGCGCCAGAGGUUGUGGAAGAAGCUGAACCUGUUCAUCCCCAGCCCAGCUCCCUUCUUCCAGCCCCUCUAUCUGAGCCACAAUGGAGACUUCAAGAUGUGGGCUGGCACCUCCCACUCUGGAGCAACGCUGGAUGUCUUUGAGUGGGGGGCAGUCAUGCCUGAAGUGUUUGGGAUUGGCCAUAAGCACCUUCCGCCACGCCCCACCAAGGGGAAGUGGAGAGACAGCCCACCUAUCUCUCCCCCUGCAGCUUCCAGCCCGCACCUCCAGGCCUCUGCUGAUGGCCCUGACAGCACACAAGAGCAAGCCUAUGGCCAUCUGUCCAUUGACACAGUCACAGUGGCUGGUGAAUUUGCAACCUGCUGUACACACUGUGAUCAGGCCAGUCCAUGCUGUGCUCCUGAGCAACUGCAGGAGAAAGAGGAAGAGAAAGGUGAGGGAGAUGCUGCCUACCGCAGCAUACCUUUUGUUGGCGGCAGCAGCAGCAGCUGUGACAGCCUCCCAGUGCACGAGAUGCGACAGAGGAGCUCCUUCCCCACUGGCUCACAGUCAUGGGCAAGCAACACUCCCCCGGCUUUCUUUCCAGCAGGCGGCUCCCUGGGCAGAAAAUUUGGGAACAAUGCACAAUUCUUUGGCCUCCUUCUGGAGCCCUGUGCCUUGGGAAAUCCUGUUAGCAUCUCAUCUCUACAGGAGGAAACACAUUUCUACAGCAGCCUGCUCUCUCCUGAUUUCGAUGCUGAUGGUGACCCCACAAAUAGCCUGGAUCUCGAUACCAUUGACAGUGGCUUUGCAGACUGUGACUGUGGGAGCUCUGUGGACUGUGAGUCUGAAAGGAGACGAGCCAGUUGUGGUUCCGAGCCAACCACUGUGGGAGGUGAAGAGGAAAGGGAGGCUUUCCUGCCAUGUUACGUCAAGCAAUGGGUCUCAUGCCACAAUGAGACUCAGUCAAGUUAAAGAGCAGAGCAGGGCACUGCUCAGAACCUGGAUGCUAAAUUUCCUCCCUGACAAUUUUUCUUUCUGCUUGAGAAAGGUCACAUUUUAAUAAAGUGAUCUUAGAAUGAAUCCCUCUGAGAAGUUGAGGGCAUCAGCCGCAACAGAACAAGUUUCAGUUGACAGGGCCUGCGGGGCACCAGCAGAAAUGGUUCAUUGACUGUGGGCAGAAACACACACACACACACAUGCAGCGUGAUAGUUGCAUCUCUUUGUCACCAAAGUGGAGAGAGAUUCAUUUUCUCCAAGUCUGACAUCAGAGGGACAACUCCGGAGCAGGACAUCAUGCAGCCGCCACCCUGCAACACAACUGCCCAAGCCUUCAUGACAUCUCCAGUUCUCCCUGCUUUCCUCCUCCUCUUAGGUAACUUUACCGUUUAGAUUGUAAGCCUCAGAUGGGGUCAGCUUGCUCUUGCAUCUUUUACAUAGUUGUUUGUUGGGUGCUUAAUAAAGAAGAUACAAUAAACCCUU